CAAACAGGAGCAGCCUCUGUGGGUAAAGCCAGGAUCAAACUGAGGGAGUUGUUUUCUCUUUUUUUCUCUGUGAUUGUCUCUGUGCUGCUGUGCUCGGCCUAGGUGAAGCUCUGUGAAUUAGUCCACAAUCUCAUUAGUAGAUGGAUGGAUGGGUGGCGCCGGAUAACAGAGGGGGGUAAAGUAAAGUGGAUUUAACACUUUGCCUCCACUGUCUGAACACUGCACAGUGCACACAUAUUAACUAUGACAUCUAUAAUCUUUUAGUAUAGCGUAUGUUAUAUAUAUGUGUGAAAAUAAAGAUGUAAUUAUAGCUUAAAACAUUUAAUGUAAGUGUCCUAACUUUGCACGUGGACCUCACCUGAAGUUUGUGUUCACCGCGUUGCCAUGGUUACGCCGUCAUACUCGUGAAGCGGCGCGGCUAACAACAACAUAGCACGACAUUUCCUUAGUUAUUGUGUUUCCUUUUGAUGUUUUUUGGCUUAAAAAGACACUGCGUGUGGUUCACAAUGUUACUCGGUUACCAGGCACGAGCAGAAGAAGACAGGUGAAAAAAGUCACUUGAACAUCUUGGGCAACAUCUCUGCUGUGCACCAACUCCACAGAAAUGUCUUCUUCCCCAGACAGGGAGACGGAGGGGGACGUUUCAGACCUGCAGCUAAACUCCUCUGUCUUUCAUAUCAGUGUUGUCAAACCACAGACACCCCACGUCCUGCCUGAGGACGCUGAGCCACAGGAGCCUGCUGCGUGGAGCUCAACACAGACAUUAUGUCUGAGCAGAACCAAGUUACAAUCUGUGUCAGACAGUAUUUUGAAAAAUGGCUCACUUAAGUAUUUAUAUCUUGAAGGCAACCAGAUAUCCAGUAUCCCAGAUUCAUUGUUCACCCGCUUGCCCAACCUGCAGUGGCUCGACCUCCGAAAUAACCUUAUUCCGUCACUCUCUGCUGGUAUUGGCCUGCACAGGUCCCUGAAAACACUGCUUUUAGGAGGGAACCCCAUCUCAGAACUUCCACCAGAGAUGGGACAUGUGAUUACCCUCAAAGGCCUGAACCUGAGAAACUGUCCCAUCACUUUCCCGCCACAAGACAUCGUGGACCAGGGGGUCCAGGGCAUCCUCCAGUAUCUGAGGAGUGCCAUGGCAAAGCGGCAAGUUAUCAUGAAGAAGGCCCCGCCAGUCGAGCUGCCAGUGGUGGAGAAGCUCCAGCUCGCAGGGCUGAUGGAGUUCAGCGUGGAGGAGCAGGAUGACGAUGAGCUGCAGAAGUUCAAAGAGCUGAAACACAAGAUGAUUCUACUGGACAAAGCUGAGCUGGGCUCAGUAGGACAGAGUGAUAGGACGCCAAAGUCGCGCAUUUGUCCUGUUGGCAAAGGUGUAAAGGCAACAACCAAGGUCGGCAUGGUUCCCGAGCUCCCUCUGUUUGACUCUCAGCACUGGAAGAGGCCAGAGGAGAGGAGGCAGGCUGCAACAAAAGAGAUGAAAGAGAGACAGGCUAUUCUCGAGCAGAGGAUUAAAAGCCAAGCGGCUCUUUCAAAGUGGCGCACACAAGCCAAGAUCGCACAGGAGAAGAAGAAUGAAAAACAAAAGAGACAUGAGGAAGCUAAUGUAAAACCUGAUGUGAUGGGCUGCAGUGAUACUCAGCAGAGGCAGACUUCCACCACAGACUGGGAGAAGACCAGAUCAGGCCGCGAUCUUGAGCGACAGAUCUGUGUCCGUGUUGAGAAGAUACAGGAGAGACGCCUGAAUCCAAGGGGCACAGCCAGUGAGCAGAUGGCAGCAGCAGCACAAGAUGUGGAAGAGAUGACAAAGUUACAGAGGCAGCUUCUGGAGAACAGAAAUCCGGGAAGAAAUCUUGACAAAUGUUUCACCAUCUUCACUGGAGACAACUGGAAGAGUUUCCUUGACAAAUAACAUAGGCUGUGCAGUCACUAUAUAUGUUCAGGAGGUUCUUUUGUGAGCAGCAUAUUUAAAAGUGUGCAAUGGAUUUUAAAGAAUUGUGUUGAAUGAUUAGAGUUUGGUCAUGAUCACUUGAUUCCUUUACCAAGCAUUCAUGUUGAUGUAAAAGCUUUCGAGUGUAUUGACAUUGUGUGAUUAAUUGUAAAGGGUUAAAAAUAAAGAAGUACAUGUUUUCCCUCUCUAGUAUAAAAACCAAUUGUGCUUGUGUUCAUAACAAUCAC